AUGACUACCAGCAGAAAACGACAGAAAGUCGAAGACUCCAGUUUUCGGUACACCCAAGGCCCACUAGAUGAUGAAUUUGGCCAACAUGGUGCAUUUCCCCUCAACAACAUCGAUAGCGAUGACCUGGUGUAUCGCUACUUGAUGUCUGUACGAGAAGAGGCCAGAGCAGAUCGGCUGUUCCACUACGUGGAGAGAGUCAAAAAGGAAAGUACAAGCGCUUCUUCUCACGAGGAGCAUAUUGUGCCACAGGAAAAAGUGGAUGAGUUCAUGAGUACUUUCACGGCUUUGAAGGAGGCCAGAGAAGUCCGGUUGGAGCGCUCCGAGCUCGACUACAACUGCUUCAUACCCAACUCAGCAGCUCAAUGGAGAAAGAAGGUGUUCUCGGAGCAGCCCGACGCAAACUUCCUCGAGGUUCUAGACCAUACGACGGUCAUCAAGCUCAUAGUGUAUUACACAAAGUGGCUACUGAUGAGCAUGCCUGAGGAAUUAGGCAAGUGGAUCUUCGUCACUUUCAUUCGGCUAGAUCGUGAGCUUGAGCACAAGGAGAUGGCCAUCGUCCGUGACUUGGCCAAGAAGGCCAUCAAGAUACGAGAGAAGAUAGAUGAACUGACGGAUGAGUCUCCAGUCAUACAGCAUAUCGUUGAUAUGAUACUAUCCAUAGUCGCCAUGCAUUUCGGUCAGCGUGAUCUCUUAACCAAGAGUACUUAG